GUUCAAGUAGUAUCUUCAGCAUUCAUACAAAAGCAAGCAAAGAAGGAGAUGAACAAUCAAAUGGGUCAUCCUGAGUCAACACAAUCCACAACAAACGAUAGCGUUGUAGAAGAUACACCUAUAAAGAACAAUGGGUGGAGAAGUUUUUUAAAAUGUGUAGGGAGUUGGUUAACACACAAGGACAAGGAUGAAUGGUUAAAAGACAUGAGGGGGAACCUUAGUUUGGUGGCAACAGUGAUCUCAACCAUGACAUUUCAAUUUGCUUUUAAUCCACCGGGUGGUGUUAGGCCAGCAAAAGACACUGGAGACGACAUUGGAUGCAAAAAUUACGAAAAAAAAAUGGUACCAUGUCCCGGAGAAGCAAUCUUAGCGGUUGUGUUCCCACAUGAAUAUUUCCAAUUCCUUUUAUGGAACACUAUUUGUUUCAUUGCAUCAUUAAGUGUUUGUCUUUUGCUUGUGAGUGGACUUCCUCUCAAUCAUCGCUUCCCUAUGUGGCUUCUAUCAAUUGGUAUGUGCAUUACUAUUACGAGCCUUGCACUUGCAUACCUAAACGCCGUUACAAUGGUCACCCCAGAUCCUGUUUGGGGUGAAACUAGCAAUGUUCAUGAAAAAAUGCUUCACGUUUGGAUCGGAUUGUUAGGUCUUCUGGGUUUGUUCCUCACUGUGCGCUUUGUUGUUUGGGGAGUGAAUAUAUUUAUCAACAAGAGUGAGACUUCAACAGCUCCCAAAAAUACUAGCCAGGCUUCGGUUAAUCAUUUGUAG